AUGGCUGCAGAGACAUCAUGUUGGGGGGCAGGAUCCGACGAGGAGGACGAAAGGCGGUGUCUUUUCACGCAGGGCCAUCACUGCUGCAGGACCAUGAUCCAUCAGCAGGUGGCAGGACUGCGCGGGAGGAUGGCACAGAAACGGACACGGACCAUGGACCCAGGCAAGCUGCAGCAUGUGGAAUUACCGCGUGAGGUUUAG